AUGCUGAAAACAACAAGCGCACAGCAAAUAGUAGUUGACCAAAUAGAAGCAAAGGAGAAGAUGAAAGAGGAGAAGAAGAGGGAGAAGAAGAAGAAGAAGAAGAAGGAGAAGAAGAAGGAAGAGAAGAAGAAGAAGAAGAAGGAGAAGAAGAAG